CGGGGAACCUUCCAUUAUACUCUUCAAGCAACUUACAGUUGAACCAACAGUUGCAAUGAAAGUUCUAAUCUCUUCCCUCCUCCUGCUGCUGCCGCUAAUGCUGAUGUCCAUGGUCUCCAGCAGCCCGAAUCCAGGGGUCGCCAGAGGCCAUAGGGACCAAGGCCAAGCUUCUAGGAGGUGGCUGCAGGAAGGUGGCCAAGAAUGUGAGUGCAAAGACUGGUUCCUGAGAGGCCCUAGAAGAAAACUCAUGACAGCGUCUGGGCUGCCAAAGAAGCAGUGUCCCUGUGAUCAUUUCAAGGGCAAUGUGAAGAAAAUAAGACACCGAAGGCACCACAGGAGGCCAAACAAGCAUUCCAGAGCCUGCCAGCAAUUUCUCAAACAAUGUCAGCUAACAAGCUUUGCUCUGCCUUUGUAGGAGCUCUGAGCGCCUACUCUCCCAAUUAAACAUUCUCAGUCAAGAAGACACUGAGCACACCUUUCUUCUCCGACCUCAUUCUCCCACUGCAUCCACCCCCUAAAUCAUUCCGCUGCUCUCAAAAAGCAUGUUUCUCAAGAUCAUUUUGAUUAUUGCUCUCUCUAGUGCCUUUUCUCUCAUCAUUCUUAUCCUGCGCCCUCCCCCUACCCAGGCUUGGUCUUAAUUAUCUGAAAGAUAAUUCCAGGAAACUGUAGCUUCCUAGCUGGUCUCAUUUAAUCUUAACUACAUUCAGGAAAGUAGCAAACAGACGUCAAUAAAUAUUUUUAAAACGUAA